CGGUUCGUAAUCCUCAGUCCGUGAAGCCACAGAGAUAAUCUACGCCGUUGGAUCUAACCCCUGCACCAAUCUCGAUGCAAAGCCGGGGACCAGGAGAAGGAAUGGAUGGGAGGAGGAAAAAAGACGGCAGGGUUCCGAAUCCCAUCGCCGAUUUCGGAUCCAAAUCGAGGAGCAUGGAGGAAGCGGACUGUAAUAUGAUACUGGAAGUCCCUGAUACUCCCGAUAGAACAACAACAAGACAUUUGACUUCUUCCCGGGGAAAUAAUUUCAAAUUGGAUGGCAUUCCAAAUUACAGCCCUUUAACCAGGGCUGGUUUGAACAGUAGACACUCCAAUCGCCAUAAUUCGGUUGGAAUUAGCAAUGCAUCCGAUGAUGCUGAUUUCUACUUUCUAGAAGCCAAUUUAGCACGGCAACUCUCCAGGACUUCAGAAGCUAAACCUUCUUUCGAGUCCCAGAGUAAGCCGCUUGAACCUGGGCAUGCGAAGAUUUCAGAUGGAAGUGCUAGGAGCAGAAGAACAAUUGACUUGAGUUGCAAAAGCCCCGUUGUGGAGAACGUGUGUUCCUUGAGUGAAAAUUGUAUUACUAUAUCACCGUCUGCUGACGACAAGAAGAUAGAGGAACUUCGUGGGAACAAUGCUGGAUUGAAGUAUAAAGAUAAAGGAAAGGGAAUUGAUCUAUCUAGUAAUACACAACUUAGGAAUGGUUGUACCUCUCCAUGUAAUGUAGAAAAAAGUAACAUUGAAGACAAUGGAAAAGGAACAGAUCUGUGUAGGGAUCCGGAAUUUGUAAAUGGACAACCGCGUCGUACAAGAAGUGCACAGAGAAGGCUAGUACGAAAUGGUCGCAUAUCCCCGCUCAACAUUGAGCGGAGUAGAAAUAUUGUGAAGCCAAGGGAGGUCAACAUCGGGAAUAAUGGGAAUUUGUCUCAUACAAUACACAUCAUUAGCCCUGACUCUCAAGACAAAAAUUCUAGUAAAAUGAAAGGAAAAGCGACAGUGGGAGAUAUUGUAGCGUCUAACGAGCAAUCUGCUAAAGAUAGAUCUUGUGCAAACAGUGUAAGUUUGACAACUGGGAAGGAGCUGGCUGCCACUCCAGAUGCUGAGGGUGGUGCUCAUAGGCUUGAGGAUAAAGGUUGGAUCACAACAAGAAAUCACACGCGAAAGUCAUCGGCAGCUUCAACAUGGAACACUGCUGGCACUUUGAAGAGUGAAGAUGCCAGUCACUCCUUUGGUGGAAUCCAUGAAGUUACAAUGGCAAAUACAAGUUCUGUGAAUGUCGUACAAGUUAAUUCUGAAGUACCACCCAUGCAGCAUGGAACCAAUUCAAUCCUAAUUCAGGACUCUGGGGAGUUGCAGAAAGAAAAUGGAAGAGUUAAUGGAAAGAGGAAGCUAGGUUCAUCACGCUCUCGAGUCGGUGAAUGUUCCAGCUCAACUUCUAAUGAUCCUGAGAGCUUAAAUUUUGGAUCUUCUAGGCAAACUUUACCGUCAGGAUCAGCGAGAAGUCGCAGAUCUCAGCGUGGUGGCCUGACAUUGGCCCCAGUCAUUGAGGUGGAUGAACUGCAGUCUCCUGAAGCAUCAUCCAAUGCUGCUGAUAGGCAUAUGCAGGUUGAGUCUGAUGAGAUGUUAGCUCGUCAACUCCAAGAGGAAUUGUACAAUGAAACUGCAGUAACUGGAAAUAUUGAUGAGGCGGCUGCAGGGGUGGAUACAGCACAUGGCAAAUUAAUAAAAAGCAGGAUUGAUGCGAGUAUAGCAUUGUUGCUACAGGAGAAUGAUGGACACAGUGCCUCUAUUUCAAGGCAGAACCGAGCUCGUCGUAGAGAUCUACCAAGUUCAUCACUGCGCUCUCGUCUCUGGCAAAAUUCUGGACGAGAAACAUUUCGUUCUCGGGUGCCCACAUCGAGUAGACUAGCCCAAAUGAGAAGAGAGUUGCACAUGACAAUGAUGGAUCUCAAUAGGAGGUUUGACAUCAUAGGAACAGCUUCAUUUGGUGAUGCAGCAAGGGUGAACAACAUUCUUCAUAUGCAACGAGACUUUAAUGAGGAUGACUAUGAGUUGCUUUUGGCACUUGAUGAAAACAACCAUCAACAUGGUGGUGCUUCAGACAGUCAGAUAAGUAACUUGCCACAGUCAGUAAUCCAGAAUGCUGACUCCGAGGAGGCUUGUGCUGUGUGCCUUGAGCCCCCCUCUAUAGGAGAUACCAUCCGCCAUUUACCUUGCUUGCAUAAAUUCCAUAAAGAUUGCAUUGAUGCAUGGUUGAGAAGAAAACGGUCGUGUCCCAUUUGCAAGUCUGAUAUAAGAUAGUCAAGUAACCAGAAGCAUCUUCCAUUGGUCACUAAUUUUGGGGGUAAGCUGUUGUUUGGAAUUCUCACUACAUUUUCGUCUGCCCAUCAGUUGAUGGUCGGGGAUCUAAUCACCCGACGGUGGUAACAUCAAUGAGCACACUUCUUUGUUUUUCAGAUGGAAUCAUGGUCUGGGUUAUCUGUUACUUUACUUUGUGAACAAUAUAGAAGGAUGCAGCCGAUAUAAUUAGCUUUCCUAAGUUUUAAUUUAGAAUUUUUGAAGUAUUUAUCGUUAUCUUUUGUUGUCAGUUGGCAACAUGUAAUUGAAAGGUUGUUGAUUUGAUAAUAAUGUUCUCAGUAUUUCAUCUAAUCCGAUACCUCUUGUUUGGUAGUACAUCAGACUGCAUUAUUAGGAUGGGAUUGUAGUAACAUCUUUCCUAAUGUGAGGAGGAUUAUGCCCUGGGUUUGCACGAAGAGUUACCGUGAAAACUAUUUUCUUUUUUAGCUCUAUAGUUGAAGAAGUUACCAUCAAAAAUAUUUCUUAGCUUCUAUA